AUGUCUGAAGUUGUGAAUGAGAUUAAGGCUGAGGCUCCCUGGUCGGUCGACCACAAGUCUGGCGAGGCCAUGUCGGUCGGGCAGAAGGCCGAGGCCGCCGCCACCGGCGCUGGUGCGUCCCCCGCUAUCGAGCAGCCCAAGGGCGCCGCCGCGGCUGCCCCUGCGGGUGUGACCGAGAAGGCGGGCACUGCUGCUGAGCAGGUUGCCCCCAAGGCUGCCACCGAGUCGGCCGCGCCCGAGGCGGAGGCCACCGUGGCCGCCGCCAAGGCCACCGAGGUCGAGCCGGAGACGAUCGUCGCCUCCGGCGUGAAGCCCACCGAGGUCGAGCCCGUGGCUGGCUCGACUGAGAGGGCCGCCGGAGCUGCUCCCGUCGCUGCUGAUGCCGACUCCCCGGUCGCCACGACGAUGUACACCACCGAGACUCCCGCGGUGGUCGAAUCGGCUGACCACCACCUCGUGGGCGAGUCGCUCCCUAUCACGCACACUCGUAUCCCCGACUAUGACGAGGGUGUGAAGCCCGCGCCGGCGAUCCUGAACAACGACCUUGCUAGCCUGCUGCGCCAGGGCAACGUCAGCCAGGACACCACCUACCUGGCCCCCCGCGGCACCUUUGAGGACCAAGUCGCGCAAACCGAGGCUCCUGAGGAGUUCCCUACCCGCUCGACGUACGGCUCGUCGAUUCCGGAGGGCUACCAGACCUCGACCGCCCCGCUGAGCUACCUCUCGGGCACCCACAUCUCCCACACCGCUCACGCUACCGCGCAGGACACCGAGCCCGUGUCGGCCCACGCCGGCUCGACGCUCCCUGCCACGAACCUGCGUGAGUCGAACAUCGUCUCGGAGCCCACCCCCGCGCUUGAGACCGAGCCCACUGCCGAGCAGCCCUGGUCGGUGCGUGGCGCGGACGCUGGUGAGUACACUGCUGCUGCCACCACGGGUGAGGAGGCCACUCCUGCCGUCCCGUCCAAGACCGAGGGCACGGACGCGGUCGAGUCGGCCGCCGGCGAGGCCAAGGACGCCAAGUCGGGUGGCCCCCUGUCGGGUGUCACGGGCGCCGUGGGUGGUGCCGCCUCGGGCGCUACUGGCGCCGUGGGUGGUGCCGCCUCGGGUGCUAAGAACGCUGCUGGCGGUGCUGCUUCGGGCGUUACGGGCGGUGCCAAGAACGUCACCUCGGGUGUCACGGGCGGUGCCAAGAACGCCGCCAACACUGGCAAGGACACGCUCGGCAAGGCCGCUGGCCAGCCCAAGAAGGCCGGCUUCCUGACCAAGUUCAAGAGGGCGCUGCACAUCGGCAAGGAGGCCAAUGCCGCCCAGUAA